AUGGUAAAAAAAUUCGAUGAGAGAAAUUUCAUAGACUGGAGAUCCAAUAACACUUUCGUUGCACUUAUUCCGAAAAGAGACAGUGUGGAGGAUGUGAAAGAUUUUAGGCCCAUAAGCCUCAUAAACAUUUCCUAUAAAAUCAUUACCCACGUGUUGUCUAACAGAUUGAAAAGAGUCCUCCGAAAGCUUAUUUCGGAUUCGCAAACGGCAUUUGUGGGUAACAGACAGAUUGUAGACAACAUUCUCAUGGCGAAUGAGUGCAUUGAUUCGAGAACAAAAGAAGAUAAACCAGGCUGGUUAUUUAAGUUGUAUGUGGAAAAAACAUACGACAAGGUUAGCUGGGUGUUCUUAGACCGUGUGAUGCAUAAAAUGGGGUUCGGUAUCAAAUGGAGGAGGUGGAUUCAUACAUGUGUUUCAACUCCACACUUCGCAAUAUUACUCAACGGUAGUCCGGGCAGUAUGUUUAAAUGUACAGGAGGGUUACGACAAAGCGACCCUUUGUCUCCAUUUCUGUUUACAAUGGUAAUGGAAAGACUGUGUCAGAUGAUAGAUAAGUUAGAGCAAAAUGGUUUGUAUGAAGGUUUCAAGGUUAAUCAAUAUGGAAAGCAGGUGACCCAUCUUCUCUUUGCCAAUGACAUCCUGUUAUUCUCAAACGACUCUCCAGAUCAAAUACAAGUUAUUAGAGCUACCCUUAUCUGGUUUCAAUUAUGUUCGGGUUUGGGAAUCAACCCAUCUAAAAGCUCUGCAAUCAGCAUUGGGAACACUUCUUGUAAUGAGAUAGUAAAUCUAAUCUUGGGUUGCUCCAUCGAAGAACUGCUGAUUAACUACCUUGUUUAUUCAUUGCCAAAAUCAGUAUCGAAAAAGCUAAAUGGGAUUAUAAGAAGGUACUUGUGGAAUAGCACGGACUCUAAUAGAAAAUACCCACUGGUUGCGUGGAACAAAUGUUGUCAAAGCAAAGAGAGGGGAGGGCUUGGGAUUCGGGAUUUGAACAUCACUAAUGAUGUCCUGCUAUGCAAGUGGUUGUGGAGAUACCAAGAGGAACCAGAGGCAAAGUGGAGAACUUUAAUCAAAGAAAAGGAUGGAGAAAGUAAACUAAAGUGGGACACCAAAAUUACAAAGCAGAAGUACGGCAGCGGAAUUUGGCGAGGGGUCACAAACCGAAUGGAUAGUUUUUAUAAAGGAAUCAUUUUCACAAUGGGUAAAGGGAAUAGAACAAGGUUUUGGGAAGACCAGUGGUUGGGUGAUAUGCCUUUGAAGAUAGCUUUUCCCAAUCUUUAUAAUGUCUCUCGGAAGAAGAACAAUGUUGUCAGCCAAUUUUACUUUCGCGAUCAGGAAGGGCAUUCAAAUUGGAAUCUGGACUUGCGAAGGAGAUUAUCAGAUGUUGAGAUUGCAGAGGAGGGGAAUCUAUCGCACAAGUUGCAAAACGUGACUUUAAAUGAAGAUGAAGAUCGGAGAAAUUGGAAGUGGACAGCUGAUGGUGCAUUUACGGUACGUUCGUGCUAUUUAUCUCUACUUCCUCCGUCCUCUUUCGUUGAUUUUCCCCACAAGAUUGUUUGGAAUAAUAAUGUGCCGACCAAAAUUAGUUUCUUUACGUGGUUGGUCCAUCAUAAUUCCUUACUAACACAAGAUAAUUUAGAAAGGAAAGGAAGAACGUUGGUAAAUAGAUGUUGUAUGUGCAAGAAGGAAUUAGAGACUAUAAAUCACUUGUUCCUUCAUUGUUCAGUAGCUCACUCUAUUUGGGAUGUAUUUCUAAGUGGUUUUGGAGUGGGAAGACCUCCAGGAGAUGACAUAAAGGAUGCUUUUAAAGAUAGAGAUAGGACUGAUUUCACAAUGGCUGGGAAUUUCAUUUGGAACAUCCUACCUUAUGUUAUUUGUUGGAACAUCUGGAAAGAACGCAAUCAACGAAUGUUCGUCGCAGAGGCAAAAGAGAAAGAUGUUCAAAAGGUCGUACUAGACAUUAAGGCAAAUAUUUUGUGUAUAUUAGCUCUUAUUAUUUGGUUAAUCCUUCGUCCGAUUGAUCCCUUGCAAAUCCGCAUCGACGAUGCGUCGCUUACUCAAUUCAAUGUCACGGAUAACAACAUACUCCGUUACAAUCUCGCAUUAGCCUUAAACCUAAGAAACCCUAACAAGAAGAUCGGUGUUCACUACGAUCAGAUUGAAGCUAGAAUUUUUUACAGCGGUCAGAGAUUCGAUUCAGUUAUGUUAACACCUUUCUACCAAGGGCAUAAGAACACGACUAUUCUUCGUCCAGUUUUCCAAGGGCAAAGGCUUUUACCAGAUGUACAAGGUGAGUAUAACAAAGAUAAAACUGAUGGGAAAUUCAAGCUUAAAGUUAAGCUAUAUCUUAAGUUGAGAUUCAAAGUUGGUUUUGUUAAUUUUGCUGCUCUCAAGCCUCCUAGGGCUAAGUGUACGUUUGAAGUUCCUUUGGGUUCUAAUCCUGCAACUGGAUUCACUCCUAAGUAUUGCACAUUGUGA